AUAUUAACAAUAUAUACCGAUAAUAUCAUCAUUAUUUUUCUCUCAUUUUAUAAUUUUAAUGACUAAUAUUAUAGCUAAUUUAUCUGAUUUUUACUAAAAAUAUUGAUCAAAUACAUAUUAUUAUAAAUUUUAUAUAUGAGUAUACUAAUAUAUCUGAAUUAAUCGGUUUCUUUUGUUUAUUCGGUUUGAUCCCUUAAUAUAUUGAACCAUAUUCAUAUACUGAUGUUUUCUAAACAUAACAUCCUUGGUACUUCCAAAUCCAGACUAUUUUCUCUAUUUCGGUUUGGUUCGGUUUGAAUGGUUUGGUUUUACCAGAUUGAACACUCCUAAACUAUUGUUAUUUGUUAAUGUUUUAUAUUUGUGAUUUUUUUUAAUCCUUAUAGUACCACAUGAUUUCUUUUCAGUCCAAAUACAAUAUGCGUUAAUUUCACAUACAAAAUUUCCUAAUUUAGUUAUUACUAUAAAAAAGAUUUUGAUCCAAAAUCUACAUCACAUAAAUAAAUAUAUGAAACAAAAUAAUAUAAUUUAAUAAAUUGAUUACCAAUAUGAAUAUUGAAAUUUUAUAAUUUAUAAUAAUUUAAAAUUUGUAUCUAAUUUAAUUAUUAUUAUUUUAUUAAAAAUUAAAAUAAAAAUUGUUAAAUGUAUAGAUAUAUUAAUCCGCACAAGGUGCAGCACAUCAACUAGUUAUUAUUAUAUAGCUCGAUACAUACCUGUUAUAAAUUUCUGACAUGGAGCCAAAACAAAACCAUAUUAAAAGUGCUUUCACAUGAUCCAAAACCCAAAGUAAAAUUAAAAAAUCACUGACACAUGACCGUUUCUCUGUAAACUUUUUGAUUGCGUCAUGUUUCUAAGAAGAAAUAUCUCUCAUUUUUAGAACUUUAGCUCACAAAAAUAUCAAAGCAUUCCGUGUUUAGCUUUUCCCAUUAGAUUCAAGUGUAAAAAAAAACAAGACAGAGAAGCUAAAAACGAAUUAUUUUUAUAUUGCGAUGCCUCCGACGAAUGUCUCCGGCGAGCCACCGUAUACCUCGGCGUCACUACCACCGCCAAAGGCGAAAACGAAAAUUAUCUCUCUAUUCCUCGUAGGCGUUAUCAUGAUAUCAAUAUUCUCUCUCUUCCUCCUCCUUCUCGGCAUCGCAUCUCUUCUUCUUCUCCCUUUCCUCCUCUCCUCUCUCCAUCGCCACCUACGAUGUCGCCGACGUAACCGCCGACAUGUAUCCUCGGAUGGGUUAUCUUCAAGAUUCGUUAAAAAGCUUCCGCAAUUUAAAUUCUACGAACCCACCACACGGCACGGAAGCGAUUGCGUGGUUUGUCUUGAUGGGUUCAGACAGGGACAAUGGUGUCGGAACCUUCCUGGUUGCGGACACGUGUUCCAUCGGAAGUGUGUGGACACUUGGUUGCUCAAAGCCGCGAGUUGCCCAAUUUGCAGAGCUAGGGUUAGGUUGAGGGAGGAAGAUGCACAAGAAGGAGAGUUGUUAAGAUGUUUUGGUCAUAGAAGAAGUAGUUUGUUAGAUUUCUAAGUGUUCUGUUUAUUUACUUUCAACUAUAAUUGAAUUAUGAGUUAUUAUAACUUUUUUCUUUGAAUUUGCAAGUUUCUUUUACAUUAUUUGAAAAUCUUUGUUUCUUUAAGGUACAACAACAAGGAGAAUUGUGGAGAUGUUUUGGUCAUAGAAGAAGAAGUCGUGUGUUAGAUUUGCAAGUGUUCUGUUUUGUUUCAACUAUAAGUCUAUAAUUUAAUUAGAAGUUAUUAUAAUCAUUUUUUUUAAUUUGCAAGUUUCUCUUAACAAUGUUUGCUCAAGUAGUAUGAUGUGUAAAGUUGAAUUUGACAAGGAUGUAACGUUAACUUGUAGUUUACGACUUAUACUUGAU